AUGUUUCUUGAAAAUUACGGAUGUUUCUUGAAAAUUAAGAGAUUUCGGAGAACCCUAAAAUCCUCUAAAGCUCUUCAGCCUCCGUUUCUCCCAAAUCUCCUACGUCUCCCUCCUUACUCUCUUCGAUCUCUGGCAGACCUCCGUAACCACCAGCCUCCUGACGCCGUCGCUACGUCCACCCUCCUGAUGUCGUCGUUACCUCCUAGACCUUCUAUCGGUAAGUUGAUGUCCCUCCCCGCCUAUUUUCUUGUAUCUGCAAACACCAUACCGCUGGUUGUAACCCAAGGGAAGGCAAAGGAAGGGAUCUGCCACUCAGGUGGUAGAAGGAACGAAGUGGAAAAGAGGAAGAGAGGGGUUUGGGUUUUAUUUAUGCUUGUAUUUUAUGGGGUGGAAUACAUGGCCUUGAUUGGGCGUACCCUAUUUUGGGUAAUUGAUGAUGUUUUGAUUCAGGUGUGCUGGUACAGAAAAAGAUUACACAGAAAAAGGUUUAUAAACUGGUCACCUACACCUAAAAAAUGGGUGUCAUCUGUGCUGAGAUGGUUAACCAUUCAAUUUUCCAUCAAAGACGAAAAGAUGCCUUCCAUCCCUGAAGAGCCUCUUCUUGCUCCAAACCCAGAUAGAUUCUGUAUGUUCCCAAUCCAAUACCCUCAGAUCUGGGAAAUGUACAAAAAAGCAGAAGCUUCGUUUUGGACGGCGGAGGAGGUUGAUUUGUCACAGGACCAGCGUCAGUGGGACAACCUAAGCGACGGCGAGAGGUACUUCAUCACUCACGUCCUCGCAUUCUUCGCCGCCUCCGACGGAAUCGUAUUGGAAAACCUCGCCGGACGGUUCAUGAAAGAGGUCCAAGUUGCGGAGGCGCGUGCCUUCUACGGAUUCCAGAUCGCAAUCGAGAACAUUCACUCCGAGAUGUACAGUCUCCUUCUCGAAUCAUACAUCAAAGACUCCAACGAGAAGAGUAGGCUGUUUCGCGCAAUCGACACCAUCCCUUGCAUCCAGAAGAAAGCGAAAUGGGCACUAAGAUGGAUCGAUGGAUCUGAAACUUUCGCAGAACGGAUCAUCGCUUUCGCCUGCGUCGAAGGUAUCUUCUUCUCCGGCAGCUUCUGCGCCAUAUUCUGGCUCAAAAAACGAGGGCUCAUGCCAGGUCUAACAUUCUCGAACGAAUUGAUCUCACGAGACGAGGGUCUACACUGUGACUUCGCGUGCUUGCUUUACAGCCUGUUGAAGAUGAAGUUGAGUGAAGAGCGAGUGAAGGCAAUCGUGGCUGAUGCUGUGGAGAUCGAGAGAGAAUUCGUUUGUGAAGCUUUGCCGUGUGGUUUGGUGGGGAUGAACGCCGAUCUUAUGAGCACAUACAUCGAGUUUGUAGCAGAUCGAUUGAUUGGUGCUUUGGGAUACGGGAAGAUGUACAAUGUUCAGAACCCAUUUGAUUGGAUGGAACUGAUUUCAUUGCAGGGUAAGACCAAUUUCUUCGAGAAGAGGGUCGGCGAAUAUCAGAAGGCAUCUGUCAUGUCUAAUCUCAAUGGCAAUGGGGAUUCCCAUGUUUUCAAGAUGGAUGAUGAUUUCUAA